CAAGAAUAUCAUCUCAAUAGGGACAUUCUACAUCAGUAAAUUCAUUGAUAUGGACAGAGCCAGCCUCACUUUCAAUGGAUACAGAAGAUUCAUCAGGAUGUUGGCUGAGAUUGAGGUUAGUGAACCAAUCCCGACGGGAUUCGAUUUUCCCUUCACGGAUGAAGCAACGGGUCGAGAGUAUUCCGAAGAAAUAACUUUCAAAUAUGAAAGACUUGUCGAGUUAUGCUACUUCAUUGGGAGAAUCGGCCACAACUGGCCAACAUGUACAAGAAUGAAAGAAGAAAGGAAGAAGGGAGGUCAUGUUAAGCUAUCGGAUAUCUACACAUCUGAGCUGAAGGUGGGGAUUGAUUCUCCCUACAAGUCGAGUGGUAGCAAAAGCCGCAUCGAAGAGGAAGAACCAUGGUGUCCAUCCACCGACCCUGAAUCUUGGAGGGACCACUACUGCUCGGGAGGCUUAACUUAUGGCAGGGAUGGGAUGGUGGCGGCAGAGAUCACGUCGGCGGGAGGGGAAGAUGAAGGCCACCCUCAAAUCCCACCGGGCUUCACUGUGCGCCGACUGGAGGAGGAAGCAAGGGCUGAAGAAGGGAGUUAUCAUGGGAGGAUGAAGGGGAAAUACAUAAUGGAUAUGGGGGCAAAAUAUUUGUCGAAUGAUUUGGAGGAAGCGGCGGCUGCUUUUGCAGGGGAGAUUGAGGCUCGAGGGAGGGGAAGAGGCGCAGCGGCAGUCAGAGAGGAGAUUGUAGAUGGGCACCCAACUCUCACUUGGGCCUUGCAACCCCAUCUCACAGGCCCGCCAAAAUAGUGAAAUUGAGCCCAGGCCUUCCAACCUUCAGUUCUAGAGCCCAUACCAACAUAUUCAAGGAGAGCUGGAGGGAGAAGUGGACCUCUCUAUCCUAAGGCCAGGAGAGGCUGACCAGGGAGUUAAUGAAGGGGCUUGUUUUAU